AUGCACCUCUCGAUUGUGUUGGUAACGGUAUUUACCGUUAAAGUUCGCGCCAAUUUGCUGCAAGAAUGCGCCAAAUUGUACAAUCCGGGGAAUUACAUGGGGCAUUUGCCGUCGCUGAAGCUGCCCUAUCUCGGGGACGUACCGAUACCGAACAACAUGCCCUCGAUCAAACCCACUCCGGUGGCGAAAACCAAAGCUAUUAAGGUAGUUACUACCUAUGUGUAUAGGAAUCCGGUGUGCGUUAAAUACAGCAAGAAAAAGGGCAUGUGCAAGCAGGAUAACGCGAUCAAACACAAGGGGAAUUACGAGCAAUUGGUUACUAAGGAGUAUUUCGUUAAAGACAGGAACAGCAGAAACGAGGAAGUGAAGAAUAGGCACAAGAGGCAAUUUGAUGAUGAGGAUGAUGAAAACGAUGAUUUAAAGGAAAGUGGUGAGAAUAGGUAUCAAAAACCGAAUAUUAUUCGAGCAGACCACUACUACCCAGAUACCAACGAUCUGGAGACCAGCGAAAGACAUCCUGCCCUCAACGAGAACCGGAAAACUCCGGGACUUUCGGCGAAACAUCUGGAGAACAUGCUGAUAGAAGAUCGACUGGAUCAACUGGAAACCAUCCUGCCGCAUUACACGAGAAGGAGAACGUACGAAACGUCGACAAUAACCGUGACCAAAGUGCUCAGCAAUCACAGGACAAUGGCGACCUUGGUGGUAAAAAAUUGCAUACCCUUCGGGUUCGAAUUGUGCGAUCCUCCGGCGCCGGCCCGGAAAAGACAAUCGAAAGUGGCGAAGCUUUCGAACAAAACCAACGAGCGCUAUUUUUUUGGGUAG